GUAGCAGCACCCUUCACUCAUCAUCACUGCUCUCAUCAUCAUGAAGUCCCUCAUCUUGGCAAUUACCGCUCUCUGGAGUGUUGUCUCCGUUGUGGAGGGCAUGAAUGGCUUUCUGGUUCGCUCGAUAGACGCGGGUGUUGCAGCAACAUACAACAAGUUCAAAAUCCGUGGAGUGAAUCAACAUGAUGAAGCACCCUGGGCAUUUGGCGGCCCUCCAGGUGCUCCUGGCCCACCUAAAGGGGCUCCUGGCCCACCCAAAGGGGCUCCUGGCCCAACCAAAGGGUCUCCUAGCUCACCUAAAGGGGCACCAGGAGGAGGGGGAGGUUGCAACAAUGCGGGAUACACCUGUGGUGCUGGCGAAACGUUAGGGUGCAAAGGGAGCACACCGUGGUGCUACGUGAAAGACCCAGUUGCGGUGUGCAAGGCCCAAGGUGGCGCAUACCAGUACACGUAUACCGACCCCAAAGGCAACUUCUGCUGUAACCACUGUGACGGCACCCCAACUUGUCCGUCAGAGUUGCAGCAAGCACAGAAGGAAAAGCAUCCUUGCGGCUAACGUUGAGGGAUGGAUAUGUGGGGUUGGUCGAUGUGUGUGUGGUUUGGUCGAGUACCUGUAUGUAAGGUAGUUUCAACCGAUUUGCCCGUAAAUUCGCUUCUACUCUCCCGGCUCUGCCUC